CACCGCGACUUCCGGGUCGCCGAGGCCGCCGGCCGCGGCGCACAGUGCCGUGUUCGCCGGGGUCCGGUCUAUGGAGUCAGUUGGCGCGGCCGGCGGCUCGGAGGCAGGAGGCGGUGUCCGAGUGGGGGCCUCUGCCCCGCCAGGAUGUUUCCGGGCUUGGCCGCCGCCGUCGCGGCGCACAGGUGCAGCCGGGCGGCGCUGUGCAGGCUCGGUGGCGGCCGCAGCCAGGGAUGGAAGAAUGUAAUGACAUUUGGAAGCUUUACGUAUGUGGUCCCCAGCUGUCACCCUCAUAUUUCCACUCUAAGUUGGGUCAAGUUGUACUCUACGGACAUCCAGAAAGGAGGGCGGGGCGCACAGACUCCAAGAGCUGAAAAAGUCCCACUUAAAGAAGCAGCAGAAAAUAUAGGCGCAGAACUCAAAGCUCCACUUAAGCAAGAUCCUCUUCAAGUAAGAGUGAAAGCAGUCCUUAAGAAAAGAGAGUAUGGACCAAAAUACACUAAGAACAACUUCAUCACUGGAGUAAGAGCAAUAAAUGAGUUCUGCCUUAAAUCCAGCGACUUAGAACAACUUCGGAAAAUCAGACGACGAAGUCCCCACAAUGAUACCGAGUCCUUUACCGUGUUCUUGAGAUCAGAUGUGGAAGCAAAAGCUUUGGAAGUUUGGGGAAGCCUUGACGCUCUUGCCAGGGAGAAAAAAGUACGCAAAGAAGCAGAAAUAGAAUACAGAGAACGGCUGUUUAGAAACCAAAGAAUACUAAGAGAAUAUGGUGAUUUCCUGGGAAACACAAAGCCACGCUCCAGGACGGUGUCCGUGUUCCUUAAGGGGCCAGGGAAGGUGGUGAUGGUGGCCAUCUGCAUUAAUGGCUUGAACUGCUUCUUUAAAUUCCUUGCCUGGAUUUACACGGGCUCAGCAAGUAUGUUCUCAGAAGCUAUACACUCAUUAUCUGAUACUUGUAACCAGGCUUUGCUAGCACUGGGCAUCAGCAAGUCUGUUCAGACACCAGACCCUUCUCACCCGUAUGGCUUUUCAAAUAUGCGCUAUAUUUCUUCAUUGAUUAGUGGUGUUGGUAUUUUCAUGAUGGGCGCAGGACUCUCUUGGUACCAUGGAAUCAUGGGAUUGCUUCAUCCUCAGCCUAUGGAAUCCCUUCUAUGGGCAUACUGUAUUUUAGCAGGAUCUUUGGUGUCUGAAGGAGCAACACUUCUUGUUGCCAUAAAUGAACUCCGCAGGAGCGCUCAGGCCAAAGGAACAUCAUUUUAUAAGUAUGUCAUGGAAAGUCGUGAUCCAAGUACAAAUGUUAUCCUGCUGGAGGACACUGCAGCUGUUUUAGGGGUGGUGAUAGCAGCUACGUGCAUGGGCCUCACCUCUAUAACAGGCAAUCCACUGUACGACAGCCUGGGCUCCUUGGGGGUGGGCACCUUACUAGGUGUGGUCUCCGCCUUCCUCAUCUACACGAACACAGAAGCACUCCUGGGGCGGUCCAUACAGCCAGAGCAGGUGCAGCGGCUUACUGAACUCCUGGAGAGCGACCCGUCAGUAAGGGCAAUUCAUGAUGUGAAAGCCACAGAUCUGGGAUUAGGAAAAGUCAGAUUUAAGGCUGAGGUGGAUUUUGAUGGACGAGUUGUUACACGGUCAUAUUUGGAAAAGCAAGAUUUUGACCACAUGCUGCAAGAAAUUCAAGAAGUGAAGACUCCUGAACAGUUAGAAGCCUUUAUGCUUAAACAUGGAGAAAACAUUAUCGAUACUCUCGGAGCGGAAGUGGACAGGCUUGAGAAGGAGCUGAAAAAACGCAAUCCUGAAGUUCGGCACGUAGAUCUGGAGAUACUAUAGUGGUGAUGGAGGAGUCACGUGGGCGUGGAGACGUGGUCUUCCCCACUGAAGGGGACUCAGUGCCGUCCAGAGCCGCGCUUCCCAGCAUGGAUGGGCUGUUGCGGGCUGAGCAGUUGAACAGGCCACAGAACUAAAACUCCUUUCUUCUAAUCAUGUCUUCGUGCUUCUGUAGGGACACUGGCUGCUUAGAUCACCCCCAGUUUCUCAUUUCAGCCAGUCUGUAUUGAGCCGUGAAAUCAUGUUUCCUUCCUUAACACGGUAACACAGUGUGUCCCCAUGGUGUAACUUAGGCUACACUGAAGAUUGGAGUCCACAGAGUUCGAGUUGUGAGUGUUCUGGCUAAACCUUGUUGUGUGGUUUUGAAAUGGUCACUGUUUUGAGGUCUGCCUUUCCUGCCCAGUUGGGGAAGUGUUCUGUAGACUGUGACUGCGGCCUGAACACUCAGAGGCAUGCUCCCUGACGCUCAUUCCGGAGAUGGCGCAGUUACUGAGUGGACUGAAGACACUUCAGACCUUCUAGACCAUAGUAAUUGCCAUUUUGUAAAAUUUCUUCUUUCUCCAUUUUUCCUUAUUUGGUUUAAUUUUUGUAAUGUUAAAGACAUAAUCCUAGGUGUGUGACUUUUUGUAAACUGGCUUCUGUGCCAUAGUGUUUAUUUACUGGGAAAUAAUACAUCUGUAAAUGUUUUAACAUUCUGUAAAAUGGACUAGAAAUAUUUAUAAUUUUAUAGGCCCAAUAGCAUUUUGUUUUUAAUUUAUUUAAAAGCAGGCACUACUUAUGUAAAUAUGAACUGUGGGAUACUUUUUGCUUUGAUAGAGAAGUAAAUCUCUUACACUGAAACUUGUGUUGUGGUUUUGUGUGUGAUCAGAGCCAACAGUGUGUCUGAUCAAGUACAGUUCAAGUAAGCAUUUAGCAUAGCAUAUUGGCUGUACAUAUUAUGUAAGCAAAUAGCUCUGAUGGCUGUAAGGUCUCAAGGGAAAACCAUUCAGUUUAGUAAC